AUGCCAUGUGUCGAUAAUGGAGUCCGGCGCUUCAAGUUUCAAGAGCAGAACUUCACCUCCUCGAAGGCGGAACAGCAUCCUAUCGAGAGGUCGGUCAUUAUUGUGGGCCCUCCCACAGCCCACAAGGCUUGUGACAGCAAGCCACGAGUCGCAAGCACUAAGGCCAUACGAGCGUACAACACUAUAGGUGGAAAUGGGUGCAAGACCUGCAGGAUCCGGACAGUACAUUGCGACGAGGUAAGGCCGGCAUACAAGCGGUGUGUUUCUAUUGGCCGCAAGUGUAGCGGUUGUGUUACCAUCCCAGCAUUUGAGUUUCCCAAGCCACAAAACCCGUCGAUUUGGCACCUCCAGGUUGUGGCCAAUCCUAUCCCGCCUCUCCCUGGCAAGAAACCAAAGGAAAUACGCAGCUUCCGUUUCUUCGUCGAUGUGACAGCACCUUCCCUAGGAAGUGUCUUUGAUCCUACCUUUUGGAAGACAGAAAUUCCUAGAGCCUGCUACCUUGACGAUGCCAUCUGGCAUGCAAUUGUUAGCCUCGCGUCGGCUCAUGAGUCUUCUGUUUCCACAGUACCUGCUGGCACGUCUACAACGCCUGCCAAUUUGCAUACCCUUCUGCACUAUAACCUAGCUGUGCAUGACCUGCUCAAGUCGUACUCAUCCAAUGGCUGGUGGCGGGUUCUUACCCUUAGCAUUCUUUUCACGGCCAUUUGCUGCACGGAGAACAAGUACCCUGAGGCACAGAUGCAUUUCAAGUCUGGGUAUAAUCUGAUCUGCGAGAUAGACACGCCAGACCCGCAUUGCCCGCAUGAAUCUCUGCCCAAAGAAAGAGCUCCAAGAUGGAAUCGGCUGCAAAGCCGCACACCCAAUCCAGUAUCUGUUGCCUCGCUCCGAUCCAUGCUCGAAGCGCUCGAAUUGCAAAAUAGAAAGCUCGAUGCUGCCAAAACCUAG